AUGUGGAUGUUUGUGUUUUUCUUCACCUCGCUUGUUACUUAUUGUCACGGCUACUAUGUAGUAGUAGAUGCUAAUUCGGAAGAGUGCUUUUUUGAUCGGGUUGCCAGUGGUAGCAAGCUCACGCUUCACUAUGAAGUUGCUGAGGGUGGUUUCCUUGAUAUAGAUGUUAAUGUUUACAAUCCUAGUGGGGCUAAGGUUUUCGAGUCUCUCAGGAAGUCCAAUGGAAGGCCUGAAUUUGCUGCAAACGAAGCUGGUGAGUACAAGUAUUGCUUCGGAAAUCGGAUGAGCUCUAUGACACCGAAAGUUGUACUUUUUGAAAUGGCUAUAGAAGAAGACCAAUUGAAAGUAAAUGAAACUGACGAUGAGGAGCACAAAAAGCUUGUAACAAUGGUUAAUGAGUUAUCACACUCCAUCUCUGGGGUCAAGUUAGAAAUGGAAUAUGUUUCUGUUAGGACUCAAGUACACUGGGAAAUUAAUAAGAAUACCAAUUUUCGCGUGGUCGUUUGGGCUGCGUUCGAAGCAUUUCUAAUCAUAGCCAUGAGUAUCGGCCAAGUUUUCUAUCUCAAACGUUUCUUUGAAGUUCGGAGAUUAGUUUAA